GAUCUAGCUAGGCCUACACAUUCUAAUCUAGAAAUCUAGAUCUAGACUAGAUCUAGAUCUAGAUUUUAAAAUCUUGACUAGAAUCUAGCUCUAGAUCUAGAGAGUCAUUUCCCAAAAGUCUGAAGCAUCAUGGACUCGUUUGUGGACAACACCGAGGUUAUAAGGAUGAAGCGCAAGUUUGACAGUUCAAUCUCUGAUAGAAGCAGCAGAGAAUUUGGAAAUGUUCGGCAUAACCUUUUGGCAGACUUUGGUGAUACACCACUGAAAUCAGCACGUUUAACAUCCCAUGAUUCAGGAAAAAGUAACCUCUUUUCCAAUGUCUCAGCUAGCAGUCUUAAUGAAAGUGGAGUGCUAAAGAAAGAUCUUGCGCUAAAAGAAUCUGAAAUAAUUGCAUUAAAGGCUAACAUAGUGCAUUAUGAAAACCGUUUGUGUUCAUUGGAAAAUUCUCUAAGACAAGCGCAAAUAGAAAAUGAGAGAGAAUUGGCCAAAGUUAAAACAGAAAGAGAUAAAGAGUCUGCUAAAUCAUCUGAACUAAGAUCCAAAAUUCAUUUUGUAAUGGAGAAAGAGAAGAAUUCCAGGGAUGAAAUUGUAAAGCUAGAAUCAGAAUUACAGAAGCAGAAGAUUGAAGCUGACAAGAAGUUGCUUGCUGCUCAGAUGGAUAAAAUUGAAGCUAUAGAUCAACUUCAGCAGGUAAAGGCUUCAAAGUUGCAAGCUGAAUCAGACUUCCAUAUAAAGUUUCUGAUGCAGAUGCAAGAAAUAUCAACCCUUAAAUCAAAAGUAAAUGAGGCUGAAGCUCAGUUGGAACUAAGAAAGAGAACCCAGUAUGAAAACAGUGAUUAUCGCAAAGAGGUAGAAGAGCUAAAAAUGGUGCUAAAAGAAGAACAACAAAAGAAACAGGAGCUGGAAAAAUGGAUGUGUGAGCAUGAAGACAAUAUCCUUAUCACAAAGGCAAUGAAAAGUGACCUUGACUUGGUUCCUUUUAUGAAAAAUGAAUUGGAAAAAUUGAGGACAGACAAUGAAAUUUUACGUCACAAUGAGCAAAACACAUUACUUUUGGAGGAGGAAGUUCGUAGCUUAAAAAAUAAAUUAGAGUAUGCCGAGUCAAUAGCAUGCAGAGUAACAGAGUUGGAAGUGUUAAAUGAAGAAUUACAAGGAAGACUUUAUCGUUGGGAGGCUUCUGAUACAAGUGGUAGCAGGAGGCCACAGUCUCCUUGCUCAUUAUCUAGACGUAUUCAAGAGUUAGAAACUAUUCAAGCAAAUCUUGUAAUUAAUCAAGGGGAAUUACAAUCAGAAAUCAACCUGACCCAGCGUCGACUAGAGCAGGCAAAUACUGAAAAACAAAAACUUCUACUAGAACUGGCCGAGGUAACUAACAGAGAUUCCCAACAAAAUGAACACAUCAAACGUCUUAAAAGAAAAACACUGUUGUUAGCUAAGGAGAGGGACAGUUACAAAAAUCUAUUGGAUUCUUAUGAAAGUGAAGUUACAGUCAACUUUGACAAUGAAAGAAAGUCCCAGGUGUUGCAUCUAGAAGAACUUGUACAUGACUACAAACAGCAAAAUGCUGAGCUAGAAGCUGAAAUGAACAGCCUCAGUGAUAAAUUUAUGGAUGCACAAGCUAAAUAUGACCAGGUUCAACAGCAGCUAUUAAUCCUAGGCCCCUCUGGACAGCAACAGACAAGCAAAGAGUCUCAAGAUUUGAUUAAAAAGCUACAAGAGCAAGUUGCAGAAUUAGAAACAACCCUUUCAAAAGUACAGGAGGAAAAAGAUAUUUUGGAGGCAAGAAUUGAACAGAGAAAUUUACAGGGUGAUUACGAUCCAUCCAAGAUAAAGGUUAUUCACUUUAACCUGAAUCCAUCUGCUGUUGCCUCUAAUGCUAGACAAGAAGAGAUGACUAAAAUUAAAGAGGAGAACGACAAGUUGCGCAAACGUAAUCAGAUUUUAGAGGAGCAGGGGAAGGUGGAAGACAUAACACUUCAAGUACAGGAAAAAUUGCAGCACCCAUCCCCAAGCAAAGAAAUUAAAGAAAUGAAAGAAAAGUUAAAAAUUGAAGAGAUGAGAAACAAACGUUUGAAAGAAGUGUUCACAAAGACAAGUCAGGAAAUGAGAGAAAUCUGCUAUCAGCUGACUGGAUAUAAGAUAGAUAUUCCUGUCCCCAACCAGUAUAGAGUAAUGAGCAUGUAUGCGGAGAGCUCCAGAGAUUAUCUUUUAUUUCAGCAAAAUGAAAAGGGUGAAAUUCAGCUAUUGCAAACAGAUUUCUCUUUAACAUUACAAGAUGCAAUGGAAAUGUACCUCAUAAGACAAAACAGUUUCCCAAUGUUCCUAAGUCAUAUCACCAUGGAUUUAUUUAGCAAACAGACAAUGAACUUUGGCUAACUCAACGAAACUAAGCAAAAUCUGAAUUGAUGUUUUAA